AUGAAGCUUUUGAUUGUUCUAGCGUUAGUUGCAUCCGUCUACGGACUUCCACAGCACGAACACCACGAUCACCAUGAGCACCACGAGUCGACCACGUUCAUACCUAUCCUGAAGUACGACAAACAGCAAGGAGAGGAUGGCAGCUAUAAAACUAUCUACCAAACUGGCAACAACAUUGUCCACGAAGAAUCUGGCUACUUGAAAGAGGCCUCCGAAGACCAUCCGAACGGUAUACUGGUGCAGCAAGGGGCCUACUCUUAUGAGGCUCCCAAUGGAGAAAUCAUUCAGGUGCAAUACACAGCCGACGAAAAUGGAUUCCGAGUGGAGAGCGAUAGCCUGCCGCAGCCACCGGCAAUCCCAGAGGCCAUUCAGGCGGGUCUGAAAGAAAUCUAUAAGGGCAUUGAGCGCCGCGAGCAGGAAAAAAGAAGCAAUCCCAACUACGCAGAAGACGAAGCGAAGCGCGCAGAGCUGGAUUACCACGGCCAGUACUAUCACCAGUAG